GACAAGGCAUUAGGUAAGGUGAACGGGAAGUAAUUAAAGAAAUUACUAUAAAAGGUCAAUUUACUAUAAAGACAAUAGAAGUCAACAAAGUAAAUUAUAGGGGAAAAAAUGUGAUGUUGCAAUAGUUAGGGAGGUUUUACCCUGGUACAACCUGUCUCCGUUGUAACUAGGUUAUUAAGGUAGUUUGUCCCUGUUGCAGCACCGUAGCACUUAAACACUUCAGGAAGACGGGAGAGAGGAGUGCAGGGGAGGGAGGAAAAAAAACAGAAAGUGGCUGGAAAACAGUAUUCUUGCAGAGGAGGGACGUCACAGCCCGACCACAGACAGCAGAAGUAGGAAUAGGAUCAUACCAAGACAGGAGAGAGAAGUUCAAUCUGACACAUCAAAACAUACAACAUUACAAGCAAAAGGAUAAAGUUGAUUCCCGAGGCGACUCGUUAGGGAAUAUCUGAAUAAUAAUAAAUAUUAUGUAUGCAUCGUGACCAGUCGCUGCCAUAAAGGGUCCGGGCUGAAAACAAGGAACUGUUUAUGGUUUUCCGUUCUUCCCCCUCUCUUUCUCUCCAACAAAUCGGCGGAGGUUUUGCGCACAACCGGGAGGUGCCGCUGACUGACGGCAGGAGGGGAUGAAAGUUUGCCAGGCGGGCGGAAUAUUAUUCGACGUAAACGCUUCUUGUUUUUGACACCAGGACUGCGCAUUUCAAUCCUGUACACAUUGCAGAUACUUUUGAAAACUGUGGACAUUCACAGAGCCGAGCAGUGACAUCGAAAUCCACACAGAAAUCCUGUUUAAGGCGUGUGCGUGGGUUGCGCCGUAACAUGACGGCAGAGACAGAUUGACGCGGAUAUCACGAGCGCCGCUGAUUAGGAGCUCGGCUUCGGACUCGCCGCGAAGUUCUGCCUCUUGAUUUACCUAUUUUGUGAUUUAUACGGCUCGUGUAUAUAUUAAUCUACGGUUUGUGACAGAGGUAGGCUUGGCUUAAUUUACGCAGUGCUGCCAACAUGAGUGUAGAAACGGAGCGCUGUGUGGCACAUCUGACUCAAGUUCAUGUAAAUGUUGCCAUGCAAUCUUCAGGAUUAUAGGCUCAACCUCAGCCUUUAUCAUCGAUAAACGCUCGCUAGGCAUUUCUCGGUGUUCUACGGUUAACGUUCGCCUGAAGAACCGGAUCACUUGGCCUUAAAGAACCUUUUGUUCUCCGGUAAAGAAGAAACAAACAUUUUAUGGUCAGAAAUCCUGCAGCUGUUGUCGGUUAAACGGGUUGCGGCGGGGACGAGCCGAAUGUUUCUCCAGGGAGCUCACAAGUUUUUCUGAACUGCCCCUUGAAAUAAACAUUGUGAUAAAAAAUAAUAGCGCAGUCGUAGCUGCACUUUUGGAGUACCUAUUUAGAAUUUUCCUUCAGAAAUCUUGUAAAAAAUGUCAGAAAACGCACCUACGCGGAGUCUGGAUGACAUCGACCUGGCCGCCCUGCGGGACCCAGCAGGAAUCUUUGAGCUGGUGGAGGUCGUGGGCAACGGCACCUACGGACAAGUGUACAAGGGUCGUCAUGUUAAGACGGGUCAGCUGGCAGCCAUAAAGGUCAUGGAUGUGACUGAGGAAGAGGAGGAGGAAAUCAAAGCUGAGAUUAACAUGCUGAAGAAGUACAGUCACCAUAGGAACAUCGCCACCUACUAUGGAGCCUUCGUGAAGAAGAGUCCGCCCGGACAUGACGACCAGCUCUGGUUGGUGAUGGAGUUUUGCGGUGCCGGCUCAGUGACAGACUUGGUGAAGAACACAAAGGGCAACUCCCUGAAAGAAGACUGGAUUGCUUACAUCUGCAGAGAAAUACUGAGAGGUCUGUCUCACCUCCAUACUCAUAAAGUCAUCCACAGAGACAUCAAGGGACAGAAUGUACUGCUUACAGAGAACGCAGAGGUUAAACUCGUGGACUUUGGGGUGAGCGCACAGCUGGAUCGUACAGUUGGCAGAAGAAACACUUUUAUUGGCACUCCAUACUGGAUGGCCCCAGAAGUCAUUGCCUGUGAUGAGAAUCCUGACUCCACCUAUGAUUAUAGGAGUGAUAUCUGGUCUCUCGGAAUCACCGCUAUAGAGAUGGCUGAAGGAGCACCUCCGUUGUGUGACAUGCAUCCCAUGCGAGCUUUGUUCCUUAUCCCACGGAACCCUCCUCCUAAACUGAAGUCCAAGAAAUGGUCGAAGAAGUUCAUUGACUUCAUCGAGGGCUGUCUUGUGAAGUCAUAUCCGAGUCGUCCAUCCACAGAGCAGCUACUGAAGCACUCGUUCAUCAGAGACCAGCCCACUGAAAGACAAGUCCGCAUCCAGCUCAAAGAUCACAUCGACCGCACACGCAAGAAACGAGGCGAAAAGGAGGAGACCGAGUACGAGUACAGCGGUAGUGAUGAAGAGGAUGAGAAAAGAGGAGAUGAGAGAGAAUCCAGCUCCAUUUUGAAUGUUCCUGGUGAGUCGACGUUGCGGAGGGAUUUCCUGCGGCUGCAGCAGGAGAAUAAGGAGCGCUCAGAGGCCUUAAAGAGACAGCAGGCGCAGCUCGCUGCUCAGCGCAGAGACCCUGAGGAGCACAAACGCCAGCUGCUGCAUGACCGACAGAAGCGGAUAGAGGAGCAGAAAGAACAGAGGCGUCGCUUGGAGGAGGAGUUUAUAAGACAUAAGCUGGAGGAAGAGCAGCGGCAGUUAGAGAUACUGCAGCAGCAAUUACUGCAGGAGCAGGCAUUGCUAAUGGAGUAUAAGCGUAAACAGCUGGAGGAGCAGAGACAGUCAGAAAGACUUCAGAGACAGCUGCAGCAGGAGCAUGCAUACCUCGUCUCACUGCAGCAGCAACAGCAGCAACAAGACAAGAAACCACAGAUGUACCACUACAGCAAGAACCUAGAGAACAACAAACCAGCCUGGGCUAGAGAGGUUGAGGAGCGCAGUAAACUGAACAGACAGGGCUCUCCUAAAAUCUGCACUACAGUGUCUGACACCAAUAUCCAGUCCCGUUCAGAAUCAAUCAGCCAAUCAGGAGCUGCACAGACCCCACCUAUGCAGAGACCUGUGGAACCACAGGGUGGGCAGGGAAAGUUCCAGAUGGCCCACCUGGUGCCGUUAAAACCGUACGCCGCUCCUGUCCCUCGCUCUCAGUCUCUUUGCGAUCAGCCCACUAAGACCAUGUCCGCCUUCCCCACCCAGGAUCCCUCUCCCACACCCACACCUCGUCCUCUACACUCCAGAGAACUAGUCCGUCAAAACUCUGACCCCACCUCAGAGACCCCUGCCCCUCAGACUCGGCCAAUGAGAGAUGACCGGGGACCCUGGAUCCGUCUUCCUGAGAUUGAACAACCUCCUAAAAUUCCCCAGAGAACAGCCUCCAUAGCCACUGCACUGAACACAAAGCUCUCCUCCGGCAUCAGACACCCAGUUCGAGCAAGUAAUCCUGAUCUGAGUCGCAAUGAGCGCUGGGAGAGAGGAGAUAGCAUGAGCAUCAUGUCCAACCUGCCACAGACCGGCUCUCUAGAACGACACCGCAUACUCAGCUCAUCGAAGAUGGAUUCCUCCCCCACCCUUUCUCAUGACGGCCGACACAAACCAGGAGAAUCCCGAACCUCAUCCAGACCCAGCAGACCAGCGAGCUAUAAGAGAGCAAUAGGAGAGGACCACGGUCUGUAUUCUAAGGAGCGGGCAGAGGAGCAGCCGCGACCCCCGGUGAAGGCUAAUGAUUACUCCUCUUCCUCAGAAAGCAGUGAGAGCAGUGAAGAGAGUGAGAGUGGAGAGGGAGCAGAAGAGGAAAGUCCUACUGACCGCCCACGUGAUGCAGAUUCUGACUCCGUUAACACUAUGGUGGUCCAUGAGGAGGAGGAAGGUGAAGGAGGAGAUGAAGAACGUGCCGGAGGAUAUGGAGACCAAACCAUGCUUGUACAGAGGACUCCAGAGAAGCGUAGUCAUAAUGGAUACACCAACCUGCCUGAUGUGGUUCAGCCCUCCCACUCUCCCACAGACUCUGCCUCCCACUCUUCCCCUGGGAAAGACUCUGCCUAUGAUUAUCAGUCCAGGGGAUUGGUGAAGGCCUCUGGAAAGUCCUCUUUUACUACCUUUGUGGACCUUGGUAUGUACCAACCAUCAGGGGGCACAGGCGAUAACAUGUCUGUUGGAGGUGUGGGCUCUCGCUUUGAGCAACUGAAGCUGGAGGUGAGGAAAGGCUCCAUGGUCAAUGUCAAUCCCACCAACACUCGUCCAGUUAGUGACUCUCCUGAAAUCCGCAAAUACAAGAAGAGAUUCAACUCUGAGAUCCUCUGUGCUGCUCUCUGGGGUGUGAAUCUGCUGGUAGGGACAGAGAACGGUCUGAAGCUGCUGGAUCGAAGCGGCCAGGGGAAAGUUUAUCCAUUGAUCAACUCACGCAGGUUUCAACAGAUGGACGUUCUGGAGGGACUGAACCUCCUCAUCACUAUAUCAGGCAAGAAGAAUAAGGUGCGUGUGUAUUAUCUUGCCUGGCUGAGGAAUAAAAUCCUCCAUAAUGACCCAGAGGUGGAGAAGAAACAGGGCUGGACCACUGUGGGAGAAAUGGAGGGUUGUGUGCACUACAAAGUUGUGAAAUAUGAAAGGAUUAAGUUUCUGGUUAUCGCUCUGAAGAAUGCGGUGGAGGUUUACGCCUGGGCUCCCAAACCUUACCACAAAUUCAUGGCCUUCAAGUCAUUUGGAGACCUGCCACAUAGGCCUCUGUUGGUUGACCUCACGGUGGAAGAGGGUCAGAGGUUAAAGGUCAUCUAUGGGUCAAGUGCUGGCUUCCAUGCCAUUGAUGUUGACUCUGGAAACAACUAUGACAUCUACAUUCCUGUACACAUCCAGUCACAGGUGACUCCUCACGCCAUCGUAUUCCUGCCCAAUUCAGAUGGGAUGGAGAUGCUGUUGUGUUAUGAGGAUGAGGGUGUUUACGUCAACACGUAUGGGCGUAUCAUUAAAGAUGUGGUGCUGCAGUGGGGAGAAAUGCCCACUUCUGUGGCCCACAUCUGCUCUAAUCAGAUUAUGGGCUGGGGAGAGAAAGCCAUAGAGAUCCGUUCUGUUGAGACGGGACACCUGGAUGGAGUCUUCAUGCACAAGAGAGCUCAGAGGCUUAAGUUCCUAUGUGAAAGAAAUGACAAGGUGUUUUUUGCAUCAGUGCGUUCUGGUGGCAGCAGUCAAGUCUACUUUAUGACCCUCAACAGAAACUGCAUUAUGAACUGGUGAAAGAGCUGCCACAUGAACAUAGAUUCUGCUGUGUGCACACUUGCAAACACUGAAGAGAUAGUCCUCACACACAACAACAUCCACAGACACUCUCACACUCUGUAAAUACACACACUCACACAUACACACUCCUGCACAUACUUACAUAUAGAACAGUUAUUUACUUCUUACAUCU